GCAAAUGGCGGACACGAGCACGUGUAGGGGAAAUUUGUUUGUUUGUUCUCACGAGACCUGUGGGAAGUUCUUCCACAAGAAGAGCAGGUUGUUGAUACAUUUACGUUCACAUACCGGAGAGAGGCCGUUUGUCUGCAGCGAUGAAGGUUGUGGCAAAAGUUACACUAGAGCAGCCCAUCUCAAGAGACAUGUCGACUUCACUCAUGGAAGUCAAGCGUCUGAUGCCAGUCAGCAAGUCGGGUGUCCAUUUAAGGAUUGUGACAGCAAGUUCUCCAACCAAUGGAAUCUAGCCAAGCAUGUGAAGAGGAAACACGAAGAGCCAAGCAGAUAUGUGUGCCGAGAGGAGGGAUGUGGGAAGCACUGUAAAUCUUACAAGCACCUGCGCCGCCACCACCUGGAGCACCUGCUUGACAACCCAUACAGGUGUCCCAAGGAGGAUUGUGGGAAGGUUUUUUGCAGCGAAGCCAAUCUGAAGAGGCAUCAAAAGAUGCAUGAAGGGUAUCUGUGUCAGGUGCAAGGAUGCCAGGAGAAGUUUGGGACGUGGUCACUGGUGCGGAAACAUGUGGCACUGCAGCAUAGUGCUCUGGAAUGCCUGGAGUGUGGCAAGAAGUUCCUGAAUAAGUUCAAUCUGAAGAAGCACAUGCCAGUCCACUUGGCAGAGAGACCCGUGUUUGAGUGCAGCAGGGACAACUGUGGCCGCAGUUAUCUCAGCAAGAAGAACCUGCAAGCUCACGUCCGAUCCUACCAUGAUGGGAAACGCAUUCCGUGUGAACACAAGGACUGUGGCAGGACCUUCUCCUACAGGAACAAGAUGCUGCAUCACAUGAGUCUCCAUGAUCCAAACAGACCUCUGCCAAAGAAAAAGCUGAAGAAACACAGGAAACCACGGAGGAAGCCGCGGAGGAGAAAAAAUAUGGCUGCUUCUCUUUGCGGGUUCGAUGGCCGCCUGGAGGUCGGGAGUCCAGGUGUGGGGCUGGAACUCCUGGAUCCUGACGACGAGGACAAGGUCGCCCUGUCUGGGUACGACAGUGACGUCAAGGAGACAUCAUCACAGGCAGUGGCUUCACAUACGUACACUAGACCUCUGGUGGAAGAAACUGGUGAUCAGGAAUUUCUUGAGGAUUUGGCCUUACAUCGGAAUUCAAGAGUUGUUUCUUCAGAAGCAGAAAUUCUUUCCGAGCUAAGCCAUGCAUUUGUGAAAGGACCAAAGUUAAAGAGAUUUGCUUCUGAACAUGAUGUGUCUCUGUUUUGCAGUGAAUCAGAAACUGAAUGUGAUCUGCUAAAGUCCUCCAAAGGGUCUAUAUUGAAAGUAUCGCCAAAGGCAGAUAGUUCCGAUGAGAAACUGCUGUUUGAUCUAGGUAGUGACACGCCGUGUCAUGACCGUGAGGGAGCAGUCAUUGCGUGGAAGUUGACCUUGAAUCACGCGGCAAAGCGAGAUGCUGAAACUGCAGACUUAGAUGGAUCUCAGAGUUUCGCCCUUGCCAAGAAAAGUAAAUUAGGUGCUGAAAUCUGUGAAAUGAACCAAAACAAUGUUGUUGUCACAGACAAUCCUGUAACAUUUGAUGUUCAAACAUGCAACAAUGGACAUGACAAGGAAUCAGAUGAGAACACCAACACUGCUUCUGUGGAUGCUGUUGUGGAUGCUGAAGUUGUGGUUGCUGAAGUUGUGGUUGCGGAUGGUGUUCUGGGUAAGUCUUAACGGUCAUGGAAUGGCCGUAGAUAUCUGGAACUCCUCACCAACUCGGAACUCGGCUAAGAGAUGGUCACAUUUGCCAGUCCGGGAAAGAUGCUGAUCCUGAUUGACUUCGGUUUUCGGUCUGUUGAGUACAGAACAGGAGAAGCAGCUUCCGUUUUAGACCCACAUUCCUACCUUUUAGGUUGUCUCCCCUUCUUUCCAAGAUCCAUGGAUAGAGGUCAGGUCAGUGAGUCUCAUGCCUGGUGCAAGGAUGUCAUGUCAUGUCAUGUCAUGUCAUCAUGGCACUGUGCCUGUCUGUGUCUAGUCUUCAACAGUCAUUCAUUUCCCUGGAUAUAUAUAAUUGUUUUGAGAUUAAUGGCAUACGUUGUAUUUAAGGUUGUGUGUUUAUAAGAAAUACCAUAGUUAGUGCAAUAUUGGGGCUGGCUCUAAUUGAUUUCAUUGUCACAAAGUUUUAUCCAAGGCAGUUAUGUUUUAACCAUGUUAACCAUAUCCAUCUAUGUAUGGUACAUUUUAAUUUACAUAAAUAUUUGUUUUGAAUACAUUAAUUAUCACUGAUUAUGUUUGUAUUCAAAAGUAUUUAAUUAGAUUAAUUUGAGUGUGGCGUCAAACAACAGUUUAUAUUGGCAACAAUUUGCAUAAAUCAUAGGUGAUAAAUUAAGAAUAAAUAAAUUGCACAUGAUUCCAAGUCAUUUGAUUGGCUAUCAAAGCAGGUUUUUUAAAAUCUAU